AUGGAGGGCAACAAAGAUGAGGCGCAGCGAUGCAUCGAUAUGGCUGAGCAGGCAUAUGCCGAGGGGAGGACCGAAAAGGCGGAAAAGCUACUCCUAAAAGCGGAAAGACUUUACCCCACGGAGAAGGCAAAGCAGCUGCUGACGAAGGUGAAAAGCUCGCCUGGUAAUGCCGGCAAUGGCAAAGAGCGUCCCGCUGCAGGCGCAGAUGCGGACACUGGGCCGCGAAAGCGUGUUAACUCGGAUUCUAGGAGCCAUGCACCAGAGUACACGAACGAUCAGCUGGAGUCGGUGCGAAAAGUUAAAAAAUGCAAGGACUACUAUGAAGUGCUGGGCGUGACCAAGGCGGCCACUGAUUCGGAGAUUAAAAAGGCGUACAAGAAGCUGGCCCUGCAGCUGCAUCCGGACAAGAACAAGGCGCCCGGUGCUGUCGAGGCAUUCAAAACAUUGAGCAAUGCUGCUGGCGUUUUGACCGAUGUCGAAAAGCGAAAGAAUUACGAUCUAUAUGGCAUCAAUGAGUCGCAAAGCGGACAUGGCAACAGAGGCGGACACCAUGGACAUGGCCAGCACUACAAUGAUUACGGCGGCUUCCAGGCUGACAUCAGUCCUGAGGAACUCUUCAACAUGUUCUUCAACGGCGGCUUCUCUCAGCAGAAUGUCUACAUGCGGCAGCAGCGACGCCGUCAGCAUGCGCGCGAGGAGAGAGACACCAACAAUUCCUCUGCCUUGAUCAACUUGCUGCCCAUUUUACUGCUCAUUGGCCUGUCCAUGAUGUCCUCCUUCUUCAUAUCGGAUCCCAUGUACAGUCUGACGCCCUCGCAUAAAUACUCUGUGAAGCGCGAAACAAACGGCCUGAAGAUUCCGUAUUACGUCAAGGACAACUUCUAUUCGGAAUAUCAGGGCUCGGUGGCACGUCUCGAGGAAUCGGUGGAGGAAGAUUUUAUCAAUCAUUUGAAGCACUCUUGCAGUCGAGAGCGAAACUAUCGCGACUCCAUGCUGGCCAAGGCUCGCACGUUUGGUGACCGGGAUCUGUAUCGAAAGGCACAGAACAUUAAUACGCCGUCGUGCGAGAACCUGCAAAAGUAUUUAAUCACAUGAUUUCAAUAUCCGCAAUACGCUCGCAAUGAAAUUUAAACGUGAUUUAACCAUUUUUUCGUUUUGGUUCUAGUUUUUGUCUGCCUAGUUGUUAUAAAAUGAGUUUUGUUUUAAAAUAAUUUGUUAUAGUUUAUGCCUUUUUUACACGAGACACCACAUCAAAUCAAACUAAA